CACUCCUAUUCUAUCCAUCUACUAUGUCCGACUCCGGAGCCCAGACUUCAAACACAGCUAUUAAUGAAUCCGACUUUAUUUUGCCGGGGGUUGAAUCCGUCGACGUCCAAUCUAAUCUCUCUCAAAACCAGCAAACCCUCCCAUCGUCACCGCUCCAAUGCUGCGAAUUACUUGUCCGCAACCUCCCAGCCACAACGCCGGAUUCCGCUGAGAGUCAUCUAAAAAAGGUCGUCGCUGACCUACUUUCUUGUCAUACUGAUCUCAUAAAAGUCGCAGUCUAUCGUUCCUCUACGCAUGGGAAAUCUGUUGACUACGCCUAUCUCCGACCCGAUGCGUCGGUAGUCAAUUCAGUUAAACAGGUGCAUCACAUGAAGAAAUGGAUUAAACCACUAGAGGAUUUAGCCUUCGGAACAGUAUGGAGUCCUAUGUUUGGUGUGGAUAACCUCAGGAUUAUUUCGCUGGUUUACAACUCAGAUGGCGUUACCCCAAAGGAUUGGGAAGCCCAGGUCUUGCACACUCUUGGCACGGUAAACAUCCGAGCUCAUUAUGCCAGCGUCUACGGCUCUUCCACUGCUGUGUUGCUUCAUUCACAGUCAGACGUCGCCCAUCUGGUCGAUUCCAGCCUGACCAUUGGAAGAAAGGCCUAUAGCGUAAAGUCUAAGACAUGUGUCCAACCCCUUUGGCCAUACGCGGGAGCUAUAGUUGGCAUGGCUCGCUAUACCGAUGACUUCACACAGCAGCUUGCCAGCAUGGUCAAGACCCACUACCCUGCACAAUUCCUAGGCUAUACGAUGGAGCAAGGAAAUAACGCUUUGGUGUUUUAUGUCAAGGAUUGGGACACUAUCCAUGAGAUCACCAACAAUGUCUCUUUCUUCUCUGAAUACCUCGCGUCCUCAGAGGCCGAGAUCUCCCCUCCAAAACUUCUUUAUCAACUCAAUGGAAAAGGUUUUUUCAUACCAAGGUCCACUGCAGCCACAAUCAACACUCUCACAGUCUCCCAUGAUGCGAGUAUGGCUAAAGUAUAUGACCAGCUGGCUCAACACCGCCUUCAGGUCGAGACAGUGACUGCCGGAGCUGACCGUGCUAUCACCACUCUGACUGAACAGAUGUGUCAGACUAAUGAGGUUGUGAGCUCUAUGUCUUCUGUCGUUCAAGCUCAAAGCCAUGCCAUAGCCAUGCUUAACAGAUUGAUGGCUGGAAUGGUACACACUAUUGGCAGACAGAUGCAGGUUUUGGGCCUUCAUGAAGAGAUUACUCUUCUUGUGUUGGAGCGGGAUCAUGCAAAGACGGAUGCCAAGAAGGAUGCCAUCACCAACAAAAUUAUGGUUCUUCACCAACAAGUUCAGUCUGCUUCCGAAACGAAUAGCGUAUUGUUCAAGAGCCUCUCAGAUCUCCAAAUCGGCACCAGCAUGACUAUCGACUGCCUGUCUCCUCAACAGGCAAUUCAGUCAUCGUCCAUCCAAGUUGAUGACGCCAAUAUGGCCCUGGAGUCCCCAGGCACACCUGAUGAUCCUGGCCCAUCAGCUAAACGCCAUUGUAAGGUGCCGUAUCUGAUGCAUUCUUUGCUCUUUCAUGCCUCAGUCAUUCAACUACAUUGA